UAAUUUGUACAUAAAUAGUACAGUCAAAUUUAUAACCAUAAAGUCAUACCACUUUCUAAAUUUUACUUCCUACAUAAGUACAAAGUAUUAUAUAUACCCCUCCUUGUAACAUUAUUUGUUUAAUAUACAAUACAACUAUACAAUUACUAUCUUCUUGACUUGUUCCUAUCUUUUCACUACUAUACUGCACUCCAUCUGAAAUACAAUGGAGCUGGUGUUUGUACCAACACCAGGAAUGGGCCACCUUCUCUCCGCCGUAGAAUUAGCCAAGCGCAUCCUCGACCGCGACCACCGCAUUUCAAUCCUCAUCCUCAUCUUCAACAUCCCCAUGACUUCCCACAUGCUAAACUCCUUCAUCGAAUCCCAAUCACGUGACAAUCAUUACCCUACUCGCCUCACGUUCUGUUCGUUACCACCCCUCUCUAACCCUCCUGACUCCACCUCCCCCAACUUCUUCAUCACCCUAAUCAGCCUCCAUAAACCACUCGUUCAAACCGCUGUCGAGGACAAAGUCAAGGCCGGCAGCCUUGCCGGGUUUGUCCUCGACAUGUUUUGCACUACCAUGAUUGAAGUUGCCGAUCACUUCAUGGUCCCCUCGUAUAUUUUCUUUGCUUCCGGAGCUAGUAUGUUAAAUAUUGUAUUUCACUUCCUUAUGUUGGAAGAUGAUCAAGGCAUUGACGUCGCUGCUAAACUCGACGACCCGGAUAUCGAGUUCGAUGCACCCGGCUUUGUUAACCGGGUCCCCGGAAAAGUUGUCCCUGAAGGGAUAGUCAGCAAGGAAAUUGGGUCUUUCAGGUUUCUUGAUCAAUCAAGGGAGUUUAAAAAAUCCAAGGGUAUAAUAGUAAAUACGUUCACUGAGCUUGAAACGUUUGGUCUACAACCUUUGUUCGAUCAAGUGAGUAAGCAUGGUAUGCUGGAAAUUUAUCCAGUGGGUCCCAUCUUGGAGCUUGAUACGAAGGACCGAGGUGGGCACCGAGGUGAUGAUGGGGAGUCUAUUAUAAGAUGGCUAGAUGAUCAACCUUUAUCUUCGGUAGUGUUUCUCUGCUUUGGGAGCAUGGGAUGUUUCGAUGAAGAUCAAGUGAUGGAGAUAGCUAACGGCCUAGAGAAGUCCGGACACCGGUUCUUGUGGUCCUUACGAAAACCACCACCCAAGGAUAAACUUGAAAUGCCAAGUGAGCAUGAUACAUUUGAGAACGUAUUACCCGAAGGCUUUCUAGACCGUGUGGCCGAAAGAGGGAAAAUUAUAGGAUGGGCACCACAAGUCUCAAUCCUAGGCCAUAAGGCCGUAGGAGGGUUUGUGUCACAUUGUGGUUGGAACUCGACAUUGGAGAGUUUGUGGUUUGGGGUGCCUAUGGCUACGUGGCCGAUGUAUGCAGAGCAACAAUUGAAUGCAUUCGAGCUAGUGAAGGAGCUUGGACUAGCGGUGGAGAUAAGGAUUGAUUAUCGAAGUGAUUGGAAGACUAGGAAAGGAAACUAUACUGUGACCGCGGAGGAGAUUGAGAAUGGGGUGAAGAAGUUGAUGAGUUUGGAUGAGGAGACCAAGAACAAAGUAAGGGAGAUGAGUGACAAAAGUAGAAGUGCAUUAGAAGAUGGUGGUUCAUCUCAUAAAAGGCUGGGUCAAUUUAUUGAAGAUGUUUUGAGUAAUGUUGCUUAAAGUCUCGUGUGUAGUUAUCUAUUUAUUAUAAUUUGUUGUAUUUGGUUGUUAUUUAGGUUCAAUUUAUUAAGUCGUAUGUAUUCUAUUAUUAUUAAAUUAAAGUUUUUUUUU